CCUUAGUUCUGAUUACGGUCCAGCUGGCCAGGCCGAGCAAAGAUGGCGGACACGAGGAGGCGUCUACAUCACAACAAGUAACUGACAGAGCGAUACCGUCGGCUACCCAGUUCGGUACUCAAUAAUUCUUCGUGCCUUAACUCGAUAACGAGCAUUUAAAAUGGAUGAUGUAGAGAUCGAGGACGUUAAUGACGACGGCUCGCCUUAUCAUGUGGAGAAGGUGCCUGUCUCUCACCCGGAUGUGACUUCCCUAGCUCUCACUGUAGGGGAGUUCCUGAGCCAGUAUGGCUGGUACCUGCUGGCUGCGACUGUGGUGACCUACCUGCUCAUCCAGCGUCUCAGUAAGAGGAGAUCCACCCAGAAUGGCAGCAGCUCCCUUCCACAAGCACCACAAGAUGCGGCAUUUGUGGCAAGAAGACAAGAGGCCAUGGAAGCUGCUCGGAGAAAAAUGCAAGAGGAGCUUGAUGCCAAGGCAGCCAUCUUUAGAGACAAACAGAAACAGCAAGAAGAAGAGAAGAGGAGGCAGAAGAUAGAGGUUUGGGAGAGUAUGCAGCAGGGAAAGAGUUACAAAGGAACUGCCAAACUUUCUCAGACCACUGAAGAGGCCAGCUCAUCAUCACGGCUGAAACCAAAGACGGACAAGAAGCCGCUUCGCAGUGCUGACUACAAUCCCCUGACUGGACAGGGAGGAGGCUCCUGCUCCUGGAGACCUGGCAGGAGAGGGCCGUCGUCAGGUGGAUGAGGCUAAAGAAGGUCAGAGACAUAGGUCUGUGGGCCUUCUGACCUCUGACAGCAGAACAGCCUGAUGGAACCAAGCUGACAAUGUCACUAUGCCACCCGCCAUUUUCUUGCUGUAUACUUAUGUUGGUCAGUUAACAUCAUUAAUAACUGAUACCUGCUUUCUAUUCUAUUUAUUUUCUCUUAUGUUCUAUUUAACCUCUAUUUUUAAGAUCACCUUAAGCCAUGUUGUUAAGCUCUGACUCCACUUCUGAAUGGUAAAGGCAUUGUGCAAUUGAAAGCUUGACAUGAAGUCAUUCCUGUAAAUGGUUAAUAACCAGGAGGUUUGACUGAUGAAUUUCACAGUCAGUGUUUCUUUCUCUAUAUAUAUAUAUAUAUAUAUAUAUAUAUAUAUAUAUAUUUUUUUUUUAAAUAGUUUACGGUCAUCAAUGUGUGCCUCUGUAUCUUCAGAGUUUAAAUUGCUGUAGCAGGUGGACAAUGUUUAAUAAUAAGAAUUAGUACAUGAAUGAUGUAGUUAUGUAUAAUUUGAUAUAUUCUAAUUUAAGGUGGUUAUGUCUGUUGUUGUUGCUUAUUUUAUGCAAUAAAGAUCAUCACCAGGAA